UCUCACCCUCUGCAGGGCAGUUAGCCGCAUUAGCUCCCUGCUUGUCCUCAGAUGACUCCUCCUCCUCCUCCUCUUCCACCUCGGCUGUCUGCUGUAUCCCUGCCUCCCCCUCCCUCUACCUCCCCUUCUGUGACACACCAGACGAUGCACUGACUGAACGAGGAGAAGAAGAAACCUCUCCCAGCGAGCCAUCCCGCCUGCUGCAUGGAGAAGGAAAGGAGGAAGAGGAGCAGAAGGAGCCUGUCUGCCUGUCUCUCUGCUGGACUAUGACAACACUGAAUGUAACUCUCUGGGAACCGUCCAGUGUGGCUCAUAACUGCAGGGGGCCAUAGGAGAGUCUGCUGGACAUCAGGACACUGUAGCGGACCCUGAAGUGGACAGUGAGGGACAAACGCCCAGCCAGCCAGGACCCGCCUCCACCUGCCCCCCCACUGUCUCUGCAGCUUAGACCUGACCCUUCCUCAGCUCUGGCCUCAUGGAUCUGGAUCCUCCUGCAGGAAUAUUAAGCAGCAUUCCUGGAACCUAAUCUCCUCACAGCUGGAACCCCUCGCUCGCUUAGCUCCCGUUUGACCUCCAGCCAGACGACGUCGUCCAUCAUGGCGGAGGGGCUACUGCAGGUGGAGAUCCCUGACUUUGGCAGCAGCGUGCUGGGCAGCCUGAAUGAGCAGCGGCUGCUUGGCCAUUACUGCGACGUCUCCAUCCUGGUUCAGGGCCAGUCCUUCAAGGCGCACCGGGCCGUCCUGGCAGCCUCCUCGCUCUACUUCAGAGACCUGUUCAGCUCUGCGGCUGACCCCGCCUCCUGCUCCUCCUCGUCCUCCUCGUCCCGGGUGGUGUUUGAACUUCCUUCCUCUGUGACGCCGACAUGUUUCCAGCAGAUUCUGUCCUUCUGCUACACCGGACGCCUCAGCAUGGCAGCCAGCGAGCAGCUGGUGCUCAUGUACACCGCCGGCUACCUCCAGAUCCAGAACAUAGUGGAGCGAGGAAUGGAGUUGAUGAUGAUGAAGGCCUCCUCCUCUUCCUCUCCGCUGUGCUGUGACUCUCAGACGACCUCAGCGGAUGAACUCGGGGGGUUCGACGCCCCGGUGGUGCAGCAUCAGCAGGACACGCCCCCCCAGCUGCAGGAGGUCAGUCCCGAUCAGCCAUCUCUGAGCCCGGAGGCGCUGCUCCUGGCCGUCAGCAGGAUCAAACAGGAGAGAUCGGAGACUCCCCCAGCCGAGGAGAACGGAGGAGGGGGAGAGGAGGCCAGAGCGGACAUGGUGGCGGAGCUGCAGUCCUCCAGGGGCAGCACUCUGUGCUACCUGAGUGCAGGUGGAGGUUUGGUUCCAGGACUGCAGUCAUACCUGAUGGCAGGCGGGGGGCGCUCCAGUCCAGGAGGAUCCAGCAUCCCCGCUGACUCCCCUCCCUCCCACCCCCCGACUGAGGAGGAGCUGGAAGAGGAUUACUACGGCAGCACCGUCCAUCCUGGACUCUACCAACAUAUCUACUGCCACACCGGAAACCCCUUCAUUCAAGAAAAGCUGGAGUUGCUGCCCCUCCCAUUGGCCAAUGAGCGGCGGCCCUGUGUGCUGGUUGGCCGGGAUAACAUGGCCCUGCCGGCCAGUCUGGUGAGUCAGAUCGGCUAUCGCUGCCAUCCGUCGCUCUACACGGAGGGAGAUCCUGGGGAGAAGGUGGAGCUGGUGGCAGGCUCAGGUGUGUUCAUGACAAGAGGUCAACUCAUGAACUGCCACCUUUGUGCUGGGGUCAAACACAAGGUGCUGCUCAGGAGGCUGCUGGCCACCUUCUUCGACAGGUGAGAUGUUACCUGGCAUCUCAGCAAGAAUGGUUUAUUUUCCUUUACAAGAGGCAGCAGGUUCUGGGAUGCCACACGGCUUUGGCU